AUGGCGGCAGACGGUAAAAUGCCAUCAUUAUGCUCGGAGGUGAUGACAGAUGUGGAACGUCGUGAUUAUAAGAAUGCGGUUGCCGCAUAUUCUAGGAUCGUAAGCUUCUGCGAGCAACACAGAACCACAUUCGUUGAUGACAUUUUCCCUCAUACUGAUGAAUCUAUAGGCGAUCUGCAUGCGGAACUAGGACCUGUUGUAGGUAUCAUUCCACGUUCGUUCGUAUGGCUCCGUCCUGAGCAAAUGUUCACUAAGGAUAGACAAGCAUGGCCAUGGACGGUUUUCAGAGAUCCCUGUUCCUCAGAUGUAGAACAAGGUGUUUUGGGAAAUUGCGGGCUGCUAUCUGCGAUGGCACUCAUUGCUGAAAGGCCGGAUGUCCUAGAGCACAUACUUCUUACAAAGGAGUAUUCUCAUUGUGGUGCUUAUCAAGUGAGGUGGGGGAUAAGAGCAAUUUAUUACUAUCUACAUUUGAUUUUUCAAAUCGACAAAUUCCGUUCCCAACAUUUAUUUUUAUUAAGACUAUGCAUAGAUGGACAGUGGAAGAUUGUCUUAGUGGACGACUUCUUUCCUUGUCGACCGGCAACAAGAUCUAUCGCUUUUGCAGAAGGGAGGAAAAACCAGGUACGUCAUGCUCUUGUAUUGAACUGUUACUUUUCAUUUUAUCCCCUUUCAUGUGAGAUUCUAAAUUAUUUGUAUCUUCUACAGCUAUGGGUUCCCCUGAUUGAAAAAGCACUU